GAGCCCAUCCCUCUAUAAAUUCUCCUCUCUGUUCUUCAUUUCUCUGCAUAUUCCAACGUCGGCGAGAGCAGAGACCCCAACAAAUCAUUUCUUCCAUACUCCAUUGAUUUGUGUGUUCCUGUUCUUCUUCGCUAUCAAGAUGUCUCUGCUCUCAGAUCUCGUCAACCUCGACCUCUCGGAUUCCACUGAGAAGAUCAUUGCAGAGUACAUAUGGAUUGGUGGGUCAGGCAUGGAUGUCAGAAGCAAAGCAAGGACCCUUCCUGGCCCUGUGAGUGAUCCUUCAGAGCUUCCGAAGUGGAAUUAUGAUGGAUCCAGCACAGGCCAAGCCCCCGGAAAAGACAGUGAAGUGAUUCUUUAUCCACAAGCUAUUUUUAGGGACCCAUUUAGGAGAGGCAACAACAUUCUUGUUGUAUGCGAUGCUUACACCCCGGCUGGAGAUCCAAUCCCGACGAACAAGAGACAUGCUGCUGCCAAGAUCUUCAGCCAUCCUGAUGUAGUUGCUGAAGAACCAUGGUAUGGUAUUGAGCAGGAGUACACCUUGUUGCAGAAGGACGUAAAUUGGCCGAUUGGGUGGCCGCUCGGUGGUUUCCCUGGGCCACAGGGACCAUACUACUGCGGUGUUGGUGCUGACAAAGCCUUUGGCCGUGACAUCGUCGAUGCUCAUUACAAAGCCUGUUUAUAUGCUGGUGUUAACAUCAGUGGUAUCAAUGGAGAAGUGAUGCCGGGGCAGUGGGAAUUUCAAGUUGGUCCUUCAGUUGGUAUAUCUGCUGGGGAUGAAUUGUGGGUUGCUCGUUACAUCUUGGAGAGGAUCACAGAAAUUGCAGGGGUGGUCCUUUCUUUUGAUCCAAAACCAAUCCAGGGAGACUGGAAUGGAGCUGGUGCUCACACAAACUACAGUACGAAGUCGAUGAGGAACGAGGGAGGUUACGAGGUGAUCAAAAAAGCAAUUGAGAAGUUGCAACUCAGGCACAAAGAGCACAUUGCUGCAUAUGGAGAAGGCAACGAGCGUCGUCUCACCGGGCGCCAUGAAACAGCCGAUAUCAACACCUUCUCAUGGGGUGUUGCGAAUCGCGGUGCAUCUGUUCGAGUAGGACGAGACACCGAGAAAGCAGGAAAGGGAUAUUUCGAGGACCGGAGACCUGCAUCGAACAUGGAUCCGUACAUCGUAACUUCCAUGGUUGCUGAAACCACCAUCUUGUGGAAGCCAUGAGAGGUGGAAGAUCAGUGGUUGCAGCAAUACUACAAUUUAAAAGGGGAAGUGGUGGGUGUUUCAUUUGAAUCUACAGCUGAUUCUUAAUCCUUUUUACAUUAUUGUGUUAUUUAAUCUUCCAUUCGAGAGUUCCCAUUGCUCCAUUUUCUGUAUUGAAUCAAUAAAAGAAUAGAUGGUUUCUAUUUCAAUCUGA